GAAGCGGGUUCACGCUGUAUGCUGGGUAAAGCACAAGUUUCGACAUUGAAAUGAAAAUAGAGAUGUUUUUAUAGGUACUAGAAUAAUAAUAAAAGGUAUUGUAAAAUAAAUCUGACACAGGGAUCAGUGUAAAAAGCAGAGACAAUGUCCAGUCCAUUUGGCACGGUCAAAGCGGAGGCUGCUGUGAUGUCCAGUGAGAGCCGAGCUUCUCCUCCGGGCUGCCCCGUGCACCAAGACCCUAAAAGCGCUGCGCCACCGUCCGAGUGCCCCAUGCACCGUGCAUCUGUUACGGAGCAACCCAAGAGUGCACCAGAUGUGCCGGCACAUCAGGACAGAGCAUAUGAAUUUGUGCAGUGUCCUGUGACUGGAGCUAGAGAAAGAAAACAUGUAGAAUCCGACAUCGACCCUACCAACAUGAUGCCUCCGCCCAACCAGCAGCCUUCUCCUGGCCAGCCCUUUCCUCUGUCUGUGAUGCGAGAAGAGUCACACAUCCCUCGCUCAGGAUCUGACCAGAACUGGGUUUAUCCGUCUGAGCAGAUGUUCUGGAACGCCAUGCUGAGAAAAGGAUGGCGCUGGAAAGAACAAGACAUCGCUCAGAAAGACAUGAAGAACAUCAUUUCAAUUCACAACCAGAACAAUGAGCAGGCGUGGAAGGAGAUCCUGAGAUGGGAAGCUCUCCAUUCAAAGGAGUGUCCAUGCGGACCUGCUCUCAAAAAGUUUGGAGGCAAAGCGAAAGAGUUUACCCCAAGAGCCCGCUUUCGUCACUGGAUGGGACACGAGCUGCCGUUCGACAGACAUGACUGGAUUGUAGAUCGUUGUGGGAAAGAGGUGCGGUAUGUGAUUGACUACUACGAUGGAGGUCUUGGAGGUCAUCACACCAUCUUAGAUGUCCGUCCAGCGUUUGAUUCUUUACAAGCUGUGUGGGAUCGCAUGAAGGUGGCGUGGUGGAGAUGGACUUCGUCAUGACCUUGUGCUGCUACACUGGAAUAUAGGAGAUUGAUAGUAUUUAUUGGUGAUUAUGUGAGCUUGUUUAGGAAAUAUUAUUGAUUGAUUCUAUUAAUAAUGAUUAUUAUGAUGCCCUGUAAAUAUCAGACAAGGAAACAUGAUUCAGUGAAAUCUGACCAAAUGUAAUCUUAUCUCACACUUAAAGUUGCUAUCUGUAAGAAUAACAUUCUAAUACACCAUACACUGAUCAGCCAUUAUGCAACAUUAUGACCACCUGCCUAAUAUUGAGUAGGUUCCGCCUUUGCCACCAUAACAGCAUUUUACUGUGUUCUGACAUCUUUAUAUCACAACCAGCAUUAACCUUUUCAACAAUUUGAUCUGCAGUAGUGCUUCUAUUGGAUUGGACUACAGUCA